UGGACAUGUACAUACCUGUCCAUUGAAAAACACCAAGCAGUAGAAAACAAAAGAAUACUAUUUKAUUAUUUUCCCCUCUCAGUUGAGCCCUCCGUYCAUCUGAGGUCCAUGACGYCCCACAGUGACAGACACCCCUCCAUGUUGACGUGCAGCGCCUACAAGUUCUACCCCAAACAGAUCAGGGUGACCUGGUGGAGGGACGGACAGGAAGUGACCUCAAACAUGACUUCCUCUGAGGAGCUAUCCAAUGGCGACUGGCACUAUCAGAUCCACUCCUACCUGGAGUACACUCCCACACCUGGAGAGAAGAUCUCCUGCAUGGUGGAGCAUGCCAGCUUCACUGAACCAAAGAUCCUCCACUGGGACAUGUCUCUGCCAGGGUCUGAGAGAAGUAAGAUAGCCAUCGGGGCGUCUGGGCUGGUGCUGGGGCUGGUCUUCGCUGCAGCUGGUCUCCUCUACUACAACGGGAGGAAGACCACUGGUGGUGAUGGGAGGGAAUUGGUGCCAACAAGUCACCCAUCCCAGUGAUCUCUCAGUGACUACAUUACAGUUCUGCAUAGUGUAAUUUUGAGUCCCAAAUGGCACCCUAUUCCCUAUAUGGACCCCCGGUCCUGGUCAAAAUAAGUGUACCAUAUAGGGAAUAGGGUUCCAUUUAGGAUGCUACCUAAUUCUUAUUAUGUCUCUGACUGCAGGGUGUCUAUAGACACUGCAGGGUGUCUAUCUCUUGAUGAUGUUGUCUAUAUCUUAUGUGUAAGGAGUGUCUGCUGCUUUUCUAAAGACUAUCAAGAGUUUAUAUUGUUGUUACAGUAACACUUUAAAACAAGUUCCUACAUAUAUGCUAUAGGAUCCAAGAUAUAUUUUUAUGAAGUAGUUUGUUUCUCACAAAUUGUCUUGAAUUGUUUUGAACAAAACAAGAAGUUGGAACCAGUUUUUUUAAUGUACAACUGUGUAAACUAGCCUUCAAUGCUACCGUACCUGUAGACUUCCUGUCAUUGCGCUAACGCUAGUUAGCAUUGGCU